AUUUAGUAAUAACACGAAAAGUAAAAGUUAUUAGAUAAUGUUUCACUAAAUUGAAUGAACAGAUAUAAAAUUUUAGUGAUAUUCUGUUUCACAUUUUAUACCAGUCGGUGGCGGUAAUGCACCAUGACCGUCGUUAGCCAACCGCCAAUAACCAUCGAAGAAGAAGUCAGCCUCGCAGCAAAGCCAUUACUGAAGACUCUGAUUUCUGUUUUCACAGGAUGGAGAACUACAGCGACGACGAUGACUCUUCUACAGUCAAUGUUAACAAUGCCAAUCCUCCUAUUAAAUCUGAAGAUGCAGUGGAGUCAUCAGCACUUCGGUGCUCUUCUCUGUUGAUGGUGUUUUUGGGGUUGCUUUGUGCCAUACUGACUGCAAAAUUCAUCUACAUGAGUAUGAUGACGACCAAUCAGCUGGAAAAUAUCCAAACCCUUACAACAGACAAACAGCGACUGAUUUAUGAAAAAGAGAUGAUGCAAAACCAAAUUGACCAUAUGAUCCAAGACAGACACCUGAGCCUAUUAAGCGAGAGGGUUAUCCGAGAGAGGCUUACUCAAGUCAGAGAGCAGCUGAGCAAUAUGACAGAUGAACUGGACCAACAGACAGAGGAGCUGAAGAAAGAGAGAGAUGAGCUGAGCAAAGAGAAAGAGGAGGUGAACAAAAAGAAGGAGGAGGUAAACCAAGACAUAGAGGAGCUGAUUAGUAACACACAGGAGCUGGAGAAAGAGAGAGACGAGCUGAGUAAAGAGCAAAUCAAACAGAGCAAAGAGACAGAGAAGCUAAAAAAAGAGGAAGAAGAGCUAAGCAAAGAGAAAACAGAGCUGAGUAAUGAGAAAGAGGAGCUGAGCAAAAAGAAAGAGGAGCUGAAAAAAAACAAUGAUGAGAGAGCAGAACUUAUUGAAGAGAAAGAGAAGCUGAGCAAAGAGAAGAAGGAGCUGAACACUGAGAAAGACGAACUGAAGAAAAAGAAUGAUGAGCUCAGCAAAGAGAAAGAGGAGAUCAGAAAAGAGAAAGACAAACUGAACAAAGAAAAUUACAAGCUGAGCAAAGACAGAGAAGAGCUGAGCAAAGAGAAAGACAGGCUGAACCAACAGAAAGAAGACCUGGACAAAAUGAAAACGGAGCAGAUUAAAAAGAAAGAGUGGCUCAGCAAUAAAACAAAGGAGCUGAACAAAGAAAUAAAUGAGCUGAACAAAGAGAAAGAUGAGCUGAACAAAAAGACAGAGGAGCUGAUCAAAAAGAAAGAGCGGCUAAACAAAGAGGAAGAAGAGCUGAAAAAAGAGGAAGAUAAGUUGAGCAUGAAGAAAGGAGAGUUGAUCAAAAAGAUAGAGGAUAUCAGCAAAAACAUAAUGGAGCUGAACAAAGAGAGAGCAGGGUUGAGCAAAGAGAAAGAUGAGCUGAGCACAGAGAAAACAAAACUGGACAAAGAGAAAGAAAAGCUGAGCAAAGAGAAAAAGGAGCUGAGCAAAGAGAAAGAUGAAGUGAACAAAGAGAAAGACAAGCUGAGCAAAGACAAAAAGAAGCUGCACAAAGAGAAAGAUGAACUGAACAAAGGGGAAAACGACCUAAACAACAUGAAAGUGGAGCAGAGCAAAGAAAACCAGCAGCUGAGCAAAGAGAAAGAGGAGCUGAACAAAAUGAGAAAGGAGCUGAACACAGAGAAAGAUGACCUGAGCAAAAAGAAAGCAAAUCUGACCAAAAAAAGAGAGGAGCUGAACAAAUUGACAGUUAAUCUGAACAAAGAGAAAAAUGAGCUGAACAAAAAUAAAGAGCUGAACAAGGAGAAAGAGGACCUGAACAAAAUGAAAGUGACUCUGAACAAAGAGAAAGAGGAGCUGAACAAACUGAAAGUGAAUCUGAACAAAGACAAAGAUGUCCUGAACAAAAAUAAAGGAGAGUUGAACAAAGAGACACAGGAGCUGAACAGACUGAACGCAGAGUUGAGUAAAAAGAAAGCAGAGCUGAGCACAAAGACAAAUAAUCUGCACAAAGAGAAAGAGAAGCUGAAACAAUAUAAAGAAGACCUGAGCAAAGAGAAAGCAGACCUAAGCAAAACGAAAGAGGAGCUGAACAAAGAGAAAGAGACGCUAAUAGCAGAGAAAAAGAAGACGGAGAGUCGAUGCAAAGACAAAGAUGCCCUGCAAAUCUUCUAUAAUUUUGUCAUGUCAUUUCAGACCUUUACAGUUGAAAAAUUCUGUCCUCGAGAUAUGAGACCAAAAUGUCUGGAUUGCAGGGUCGGAUGGCUUUCCUUCAGGGGACACUGCUACUGGUUUUCAGAUAGAGGUCAUUCUUUGAAUUUCUGGGACGUGUCUCGAGACUUGUGUCAGCAUGAUAGUGGAUAUUUGGCUAUAAUUGAUGAUCUGGAGGAGCAGAAAUUUAUCGUCAAGCAUGCCAAACCCUACGAAUCUCAACACCAAGGAUACUGGAUAGGGUUACAUCAUAAACUCGCCGGAUGGGUUCUGGGUUGAUGGACGUAAGAACGCUCUUGACUUCUGGACAAAAGAGGUCCCCCAUUCUUCGGGAGCAGCUCUGCAUAUGCCACAAAGAAAAGCCAAAGAGAGCUGGAGAGCAGAAGACAAGGCAGUGAAGCACAGAUUCAUCUGUGAGCAUCCUAUGACUGUUUGGCCCUACAACUAACACUGUUCUGUUAAAGCUUCAGCGAGGAAUACUCAACUGUGUCAUCAUUUUUUUGACAAAUGUCAUGAAUGAAAGCACAAUGUCUGUAGGUUAAAUCCCACAUUAAAAGAUUCAAUACAGA